GCUCGGCACGCUGGCAUUCACGUGGGCCACCGUCGUGCUGCUCGGCGGCUACCCGACGGUGCUCCGGGACGAAUGCGUCCGCAACGCGUAUAUCGGCGUCAUCGGAGAUUUCUGGGCCGCCACCAUCGUCUUCUUCCUCGAAGCCACGAGGAUGUGCAGCAGCCGCAGCAACAGACUGGAUUACCAUUUGUUCUUCAGUACGAGAGGUGCAUUCAAGCCUCUUGCAUGGAAUGAACUGGUUGUGAUAGUUUGCUUCUCUGAUGUCUUCAUGUACCUGUUGAUCUCAACUAGGCACCGGCAAGCAACAGACAUUUCUCUUAUACCUGUGGUCAUAUUGGCGACUUGCCAAUUUCUAUGCCCAAGAUUGCACGUACGCAAUCCGCUGCGCCGUGCUGUAUCGCUAUGGAGUCCUAUGGUUGCAAUUCUAUUUCUCGGCCCCUCUGUGCCAUAUGCCUGUGAAAGCUGUAGUCAAGUUUUUGAUUAUAGCCCAUUCACCAUCAGAAACUCAGUUCAGAAAUGGAUAGUGUACCUGGUGUUGUGUGUGAUUGUGUUCCUACUGACAAUCAGCAGGCUGCGGCUCCCAUGUAUCAUCAAGCUGGCAGAUUCGGCAAUUGGCAGGAAAUUGGCAUUUUGGCACAAAACUAUCAUGAACUUGUGUAUGUUUGCUGCGGCAACGAUGUUGGUGUUCACUUCUGGCUGUCUCAGAAUUGUGAUGAUCAUAUUCCAAGCAUAUGCUUUAGUGAUAGUGUCGUUUGGUAACCUCCAGAUUCCAGCAUCUCUACUGCGUGUUGGGGUUGCAGCAGAUCGUCUUUCUGGACUAAGAAGCUUCAGCCAUAUUGCCCAUCCUCAUAGGAACCCCGACACCACAACAAAUCUUGUACCAUCUCUUAUCAUCUUCUACGUGAUGGUGCUUGGACAAGGGAUGCUCUACAUUGUGGCAUGCAUUCUCCAGGUCUUCUCCUUCAUCCUUCGAAGAUCUCUCAUCCGUGGUGCUGGACUAAGAGGUGAGCGGGGAAUGGAACAUGUCGAUUUGUACUAUUCAUAUGCCUUCGAGAAACACAUGGAAGGGGAUAUACUUUCUGCAAAAAAUAUGAGCAUCGUCACAUUUGCAAUAGAAUCUUUGAAAUCGGAUAGACCCAAGACGCAGCUCCAAGGGGUUCAGAUGCUCGAUAGUUUUCUGAAAAAGGAGCCCUUCAGGACUAUGACCAUCUCGAAACUCACCAGUUCCAGCAAGACAGUUACCUCAUUACUCAACAUGGUAGGCUGGACAGGUGAAGGAUACAGAGAUAUCAGAACAUUUGCUGCAAAGGUCCUCGCCGAGCUUGCUGUGAAGCUCCGAGUUGCCCCUAUCCCUGGGGCAAUGCAGUGUAUAGCCUCACUUCUGCACACUGUUGACCAACUGAAAGUAAAUGAUCAUCUUCUGGACAUUGAUAGCCAAGAGCCGAAACAAGACGCCCCAAUUCAGCCAGCUUACAGGAGAGAGCAUAACUAUCCUCCACUUAAGUUCUGGAAACGGAUGGUAAUAUACUGCUUGAUUCCCGUGGAGGAGCCAUCUAAAUUAAUAGAUGAGCAAGACUCCUCUAUUUUAAACUUUUGGAAGUAUAUUACAAAAUGGUGUUCUGUCCCAGAGGAGAAGCAACCGAAGGACCAUGAUUUCCUCCCUGUACUGGGCAUGUUAAUUCUUGAAAGGCUUGGCUUUGAUACUGAAAAUUGCAUGGAAAUCAGCAGAGCAGGCCUUAUCUCAGUGAUUGCAGAAUUUACAAGCAGCAGAACAGACCUUUUAAAUAUUAAUGAGGCAGAUCAUAUGCUGCUGAAAGGCUCAUCUUUGAAGGUGCUGAGAAGACUUGCGAGCACUAAAUGGAGGCUUGGUGUAAAGUUGCGACAUGAGAUUUCAGAGCACCCUUUCCUUCUGGGCAACCUUGCAGAGAUCUUCGACGACCAUGAGAGCAACAAAGAACUUAGGGAGUUGGCAGCAGAGAUCCUUAGAAACCUUGCCAUGGAUGGAAACACAAGGGAGGAGAUUGGCCACUUCCAAGAUAUCAUUAGUGGGCUGGUGCAUGCAUUUCUUAGCCGAGAUGCACCCUCACUUACAGAUUCAGACAAGUCCCUGCAAAUUAUCGCCGGUCAAGCACUAGCAAUGUUAACAAUGGAGAGUCCCAGUAACUGUUUGGCUAUCUCAACAGAACCAGGGUAUGCGUUCAUCAAGGAACUCACAACUAUGAUCCAUGUUGACAGGUACAGGUACACAGCAGCAAGCCUGUUGCGGAAUAUGUGUGCGCAUGCUCGAUCCAUGCUCAGCAAAGCAGACCUCAAGGAACUCUCACACAUCUUGCCAGAGGUGUUGGAGGGAAUUAUGGAUGCGGAAGGGGCAAAACUGGAGGUCCUUGCUGGCCUUGGUUCACAAAUAUGCAAUGUCAUUCCUAAAGAGUUUGCUCAAGAACUGGAGUGUGGCCAAACUAAGGAGAGAUUUAUAAAGGGGCUCAUCAGUUCUCUUAAUGCAAACAUGAAGCCUGCUGCUAACUGCCCCGGAGUCAGGAGGGCAAUAGUUGAAUUAGCUGUAUCCAUGAUGGAGUGCAAUCCUAGCUACACAAUUUGUUUUGACGAAUGCCGGAUGAUGGAAGCACUCCUACUGGUAGAGCAGAGACCCUCAAGGGCUGAAAACUACAGGUAUUUCUCGGAUGAUGUAGGACUGAUGGAGCAUAGCAUACCACUCUCUGCUCUUGUGGCCAGAGCAAAAGAAAUGAUGGGUGGCAACAACCUAUACUGGGGUCCGUAAACCUCAUUUCUAAAGUGAGUUGUUGUGCAUAGCAAUCCAGGAAGAAGAUCCCCACGAAUCAGACAUAUAGUAAAUGCAGGUUGGAUAUGGCGGGGUCAAAAUAGAAGUAUUGGCAUACAACUGCUUUCAGCAUGAGAAAAACAGUAGCGAGUAUGUAUAAGAACCCUUUAUAAUGAACGAGAUUUCUAUUUGCAGUGAUAUUGAAGGUUAUUGUAACUGCACUUAUUAAUCCUAUACAAUCACCAAUGUGUACUAUGGUACUGCUGAUUGCUUAUAUACAUAUUCAGUGCCAUAAGCAAGAACUUGGGAUUCAAAAUAAAGUUGAAUUCCCUUAAGUUGUUCAUAUUUCAGUACUCCCUCUCCGAUCCAUACCAAUUGUCGCAGCUUUAGUACAACUUUGUACCAAAUCUGCGACAAUUAAUAUGUAUCGGAGAGGGUAUGAUUCUCAGUUGAGUGGUUUUCUCAUACUUCGGUAGCGAGAACAUGCAUUAUUGAAUACCUAACAUUUUGAAGAAAAAAAUGCAUCAUCACUGGACUGGAGCAAAGUUAUAUUGGGGGUCUGUGUGAGCGCGCC